AUGUACUUUAUUUCUUCAUCGAUCCAUCCAUCACCCAUCCCUUCAUCCAUCCAUCCAUCAUCCAUCCAUCCAUCCACCCAACCAUCCAUCCAUCCAUCAUCCAUCCAUCCAUCUACAUAUCCAUCCAUCCAUCAUCCAUCCAUCCACCCAACCAUCUAUCCAUCCACCCAUCCAUCACCUAUCCCUUCAUCCAUCCAUCCAUCCAUCCAUCAUCCAUCCAUCCACCCAACCAUCCAUCCAUCCAUCCAUCAUCCAUCCAUCCAUCCAACCAUCUAUCCAUCCACCCAACCAUCAUCCAUCCAUCACCCAUCCCUUCAUCCAUUAUCUAUCCAUCCAUCCACCCAACCAUCCAUCCAUCCAACCAUCUAUCCAUCCAACCAUCUAUCCAUCCAUCCAUCCAUCCAUCCAUCCAUCCAACCAUCUAUCCAUCCAACCAUCCAUCCAUCAUCCAUCCAUCAUCCAUCCAUCCAUCAUCUAUCCAUCCAUCCAUCCAACCAUCCAUCAUCUAUCCAUCCAUUCAUCCAUCCAAAUAUCCAUCCAUCCAUCCACUUCUCUAUCCAUCCAUCUACAAAUCCAACCGUCACCCAACCAUCAUCCAUCCCUUCAUCCAUUCAUCCAUCAUCCAUCCAUCCAUCUAUCAUCCACCCAUUCAUCCACCCACCCAUCCAU